CGCAGCUUCAGUAUAAAGUCGCACUCACCACUCGCCGCUCCUCACGUCUUACUGUCGCUGCUGCUGCUCCUGCCAGAGAUUUGUCGCUCAGCCGAGAAGAUGUUUUAUUCGGGGAUCCUCAGUGAGAGCGGCCGGAAAGACGCGGAUCUGAGAGACGCUGCGACAAUUCGCCAACAGAGGAGAAUGAAACAGGCGGUUCAGUUUAUUCACAAGGAUUCGGCCGAUCUCCUGCCCCUGGAUGGGAUGAAGAAGCUGGGGGCCUCCAAGGACACUCAGCCGCAUAACAUCCUGCAGAGGCGCUUGCUGGACACCAACCUGUCAAAACUGAGGAGCAAUCGCUCGCCCUGGACACCCAAGAACGACGUCUCGGCCCAGAGUAAAAAGCUGAACCAGGUCAAGAGUGUGAACCCGAGGAAGAGCGAGGAAGAUGAUAUGAUCUACGUGUGUUGUCAGUGCGCUGGGAUGGAAGUCAGAGCCUUGAUUGACACGUCCUGUCAGUACAGCCUUAUACCCGCCCCCUGCCUCGACCGACUGGGGCUGAAGGAACAUUUCCGCUUGUAUAAGAAAGAGGAGGAACCUCCGUCCCUACCGUACAGUGUAAAGGCCAUUGGGCAAGUGGAGCGCGUGGCGGUGAUGUUGGGCGGAGCCACAGUAGAAUGUACAGCCAUAGUGAUAGAUAAUAAUGACAGAAAUCUCUCUCUUGGGCUCCAGACCUUGAAGUCUCUGAAGUGUGUCAUCAACCUGGAAAAGAAUAAUAUUGAAGUGGGACAAACGGACAAAGACAUCAUCCCAUUCAUUUCCAACAGAAACACAGUCAAUGAAGAUCACACCUCGGAGGGGUAACAGAGAAGAGAUUCACCAACGAAAUGACCAAAAUGUUCCUCUGGUGCCAGUUCAGAACAAGACACAGAAUCGGAUCAGGAUUAAUGUGCCAACUCCGUGUUCCUUUUGUCUCCCUCGUUCCUUUUUUGUGUUCUACAUCUCAGAUGAUGAUAUAGAUUCAUUUAUUCUGAUUUUCUGGUAUUUAAAGGAAUGGUUCAGCUUUACGUUUGUUAUAGAAUGGCUAAUUCUAAGCAACUUUUCAAUUGGUCUUCAUUAUUUAUUUUUUAUAGUUUUUGAAUCAUUUGCCUUCUUUUUCUGAGUCUUUCCAGCUUUCAAAUGGGGGGGGGGGUCACUGACCCCAUCUAUAAAAACAAAUGCUCUGUAAGACUACACAUUUAUUGUUAUUGCUACUGUUUUUUACUCCUCUUUCUAUUCAGGCCUCUCCUAUUCAUAUUCCAGUCUUUUAGCUAAAUCAGUGCAUGGUUGCUAGGGGAAUUGGGACUCUAGCAACCAGACGGAACUGGAGAACUGCUGAAUAAAAAGCUAAAUAUGUCAAAAACCACAAAUAAUAAAAAAUGAAAACCAAUUGUAAAUUGUCUCAGAAUAUCCCUCUCUACAUCGUACUAACAGUUAAUUUAAAGGUGAACAAACCCAUUUAAACUUUAUUGCUCUGGGUUUGAUGCUCAUUAACCAGUCACACUCCAGACGGACGCUACUGUGCUGCAAUGCCAUUGGAUGUGGCUUUACGUGAAACGCGUGCGUGUCCUGCCCUGUAGCCUUAUACAAGCCAUGUCUGCUCAGACAAUCUGCCUCCUAACGAUGCUCAUUAUUGCUAAUAUUUAUACGGCAAAGUCGCAGAUAUUUAGGAAUUCAGGCACAUUUUUUUAAAGAAAAUAACCAGCUGCAUUAGGGCUGUGCUUUUUAAAGAGCCAGUACCUCAAUAUUCCCUGCAAGCUCCAUGAACUGAACCAUCACUAAACUGAUCAGGUGUUUAAUUACACAAAAACUCUGUAUCACUGAUUCAUUUGCAUAUAGGAAUAUAAAAGUAAACAAUUGCUGCCUUUAACCUCAUUCACAUCAACCAAUCAAAUCCUAGAACACCUUUAGCCUCAGUAAUGUGUUUCCCAUUGGAAUGAGAAGGACCUGCUGCUUUAACCGGGUCCAGCUGAGCCCGUUUUUAGCCAGGGGGCACCCCUACACCCCUUCAUUUCUUUCAUAUGAUUAUUUAUGUGAUAAUCUGCCCUUUGUGUGACAAGCUUAUUUCUAAUAAAGUGUACUUUUACUCUA